AUGGAAUAUAGGGGUGGUACCCAGGCUGCCAACCGGGGAGGUUAUGUAACCAAUACCCAUGGUGGGUAUCAGGGUGUUUAUCAGGGAGGUCGACAAUCUUGGAACCGAGGUGGACACCAGUCAACGAAUCGCGGAGGGAACCGAGGAGGCAGGCCAGGGGAGCAUGCAUAUGAUCCAAAAGAGCCACCUUCCGCGGCUGAUUUUGAGCAUUCGCCAAAAGAAGAUCCCCCUGAUGCUGAGAUCUUAGAUGGUGAAAGAAUUCUUGAUGAGGAUAUUGCAAUGAUGGAGGGCGAUGAACCCAAAGUUUUUGGGAAUCAAGCGAAUACUAUUUGUUCUAGCUUCGGUUAUGAGGAAUGGGUCAGGGUUGAAGCAGUCGGCUUCUCGGGGGGUAUUUCGGUUCUUUGGAAAAGCUCUAUUUCCAUAGAGGUUUUAAACACUCACCCUCAAUUCAUUACCUUGCAGGUACAUCAAGAAGGGAUUGGUCUAUGGAGACUCUCGGUCGUGUAUGGAAGUCCGAACCUCAGUCUGAGAAGAAGGUUGUUUGCUGAGCUAACGUGCCUGUCCCCAGACUUUCAGGGUCCCUGGCUAAUGGCAGGGGGCUUUAAUUCCGUUACCUCACAGGAAGAAGUUAGCAAUCCAGAGAGCUUCUACAUGUCAAGGUGUUCUGAUUUCAAUCAGUGGUUAUUUAGAGAAGGGCUAAUUGACCUAGGUUACACAGGAGCCAAAUUCUCUUGGAUGCGGGGAACCAAUUCAUCUACUCUCAGAGGAGCACGUCUCGACCGGGCACUCAGUAAUGUUGAGUGGAAGCUCCGCUUUCCAGAUACAACGGUCAUCCACCUCCCAAGAAUAGAGUCGGACCAUUCGCCCCUACUCAUUAACAACCAGCCGGCUCAGGUAGUCCAUAGGGAGAAAGCUUUCAGAUUUAAUAUGGCCUGGGCCACGCAGCCCGGGUUUAUAUCGCUUGUUCACAGUAAUUGGAAGAGGGAGAGGAGCCUAGAAGAAAAUAAAAGAAAUAUGGCAGCCGUCCUAACUACCUGGAACACUAACACUUUUGGCAACGUAUUCCAAAGAAAGAAACGUUUAUUGGUCAAGCUCGGCGGUAUUCAGAAUUGUAUUGCCAACAACUCAAGACCGGAGUUAAUCAAAUUAGAGAGAAGACUUCGCCUGGAGUUGGAGGAGGUACUCUACCAGGAGGAACUGAUUUGGUUUCAACGUUCUAGAGAGCAGUGGAUCACCUCAGGAGAUCGGAAUACGAAAUACUACCAUAUAGCAACAUCCGUCAAGAGCUCCUACAACAAAAUUAGUAGGCUUAAGACUGAUAAUGAGACAUGGAUCACGGAUGAAUUAGAAAUCAGAAACCAUGUGCGAAGCUACUUCGUCAAUCUAUACAAGAAGGAGAGAUCAUCCAACAUCUACAUGCUGCAACCAAGAAAGUUUCCAAGACUAGCUGAUUCAGAAUGGGAGGAAGUAAACGCCCCAUUCCACCCGGAUGAUAUAAAACAAGCGCUAUUUGAUAUGGCACCAUGUAAAGCUCCGGGUCCGGAUGGCUAUACGGCAGGUUUCUACCAGAAAUCAUGGAGUAUUAUUGGUGAUUGCGUGGUGAGGUACGUGCAGGAGUUCUUUGAGUCUGGGAUUCUUCCACCAGGCAGUAAUGAUACACUGAUCUCCCUUAUUCCGAAGGUAUCGAAUCCUAAGUCAGUCAAGCAGCUCCGCCCCAUCGGGCUAUUAUGCAAUCUGUCCUACAAAAUCUUGACAAAGAGAAUGACAUCAAGAUUAAAAGGCAUCGCAAAGAAACUUAUUGGGCACCACCAAACUAGCUUUGUCCCUGGAAGAUCAGUCUUAGACAAUAUUCUGGUUUAUCAGGAGGUUCUAAACUCAAUGAAAUACAAGCAGGGAGUCAAAGGAUGGGUGGUAGUGAAAUUGGACUUGGAAAAGGCUUAUGAUAGACUAUCAUGGAGCUUCCUCGAAGACACACUAAAGGACAUCGAUGAUCUGAUUCUAUUCGGCGAAGCGACUAUGGAACAACCUAUCGAGGUGAACAACUGUCUACGUGCCUUCUGUGCUGCUUCGGGUCAGAAGGUGAGCUUGCCCAAAUCCUCAGUGUUCUUUUCCAGAAACACAAAUCCGGAUUUACAGCAGAGAAUCAGUGAGACGCUAGGGAUGCUAGUGGUCUCGGAUAUGGGCAAAUAUCUUGGAGUACCCUCUCACCACGGGAGACUUUCCAAGGAAUCCUUCUCUGGAAUUAUUGAUAGAAUAAGAGCUAAGCUAGCAGGCUGGAAAUCCAAAUCGCUGUCACUUGCCGGAAGGUAUACUCUAGUGCAGUCUGUGUUAACUUCAAUUCCAUAUUACACAAUGCAGACAACUCUCCUACCAAAAGGAGUAGUCCUAGCCAUCGAAAGGAUCACCCGAGACUUCCUAUGGGGAAGUAAGGAGGGCGAAAGGAAAUGUCAUCUAGUUAAAUGGGAAGUACUCACAAAGAGCAAAGAGUUUGGGGGUCUGGGCAUUCGUAAAUUGGAACCAAUGAACCUGGCAUUUCUAGCCAAAUUAGGCUGGAGAUUGAUUCAAGACGAGGAAUGUCUUUGGGUACAAUUGCUCAAAGCAAAGUAUUCUAUACCCUCAACCGACUGCACUACGUGGAAACCAAAAACGAACAUGUCAAAUGCAUGGAAAGGUAUCCUCAGAGCCGUCCCUAUCCUAGUGCAAGGGACCAGGAAAUUGGUGCGAAAUGGGAACAAAACAGCCUUCUGGCGAGAUACUUGGCUGGAGGACAGACCCCUGUAUCAACUUGCAACUAGUCUGGUUCCUUGGAAUGAGUUAGACAGACCAGUCUCACACUACUGGAACGCAAAUACUGGAUGGCAGUGGGAGGCGUUGAAUCAGAUGCUCCCUGAAGAAGUCCUCAGUAGACUUGCAGCACGUAUGCUGCACGAGGGACAGAACAUGGAUGAUGAAACCGGCUGGAAGGAUCAAGCUUCCGGAGAUUUCUCGGUGCGCACAGUGUAUAACAUUGCCACAGGGGAAGGUGUUUCCAUCGAAGCAGCUAAAUGGAACAUGUGGAACAUGUGCCCGGCUGCAGAUAGAGUAUGGAGAGCGGUCCUUCCAAGCUUCUCAGAAAAAACUAAGGCACUGUCAUUUUCUAGGUGGCUUGAAGAAGGAAUCACGAAUAAAGGUGAUGGAAGGAACCCAGUGAACAAUACCACGGUGUUCGCAGUGACGACAUGGUGGAUCUGGAGGUGGAGGAACGAAGUAACUUUUACCAAUACAGUCAAACAUCUCCAGUACAAACUCUCCUGGAUUAAAACCCAGGUUGAAGAGGUCAACAGAGCCUUUGCAAAGGCUAAGUAUCCGGGAAGUCAAGGGUCAGAACCAAAUUGGCAGAUGCUCUCCUGGACUAAACCCCAAGAAGGCUAUGUAAAGGUAAACGUAGAUGGCGCAGUGGACAGAAUCACAUCUAGAGCCAGCUGCGGAGGAGCUAUACGCAAUGAAAAUGGAGCCUGGAAACAGGGUUACACAUACAGUAUAGGGUACUGCACACCCUUUGAAGCAGAAGCCUGGGCACUUUUCAAGGGUGUGCAAUUGGCUGUUCACCUGGGUUGUAAUCGAGUCAUCUUUGAAAGUGACUCAAAUGAGAUCGUCGACUACAUGAACGCAGAUAGGCCACCAUCAAUCGCAGCUCACAAUAUUCUGGAGGCAUGCAGAAGGGAGCUACGAUGCAUCGAGUGUUGGCAGAUCAGACAGAUUGCACGCGAGCAGAAUCUAGUAGCAGAUUUCCUCUCCAAAUUGUCCAGAGGGCUCCCAGGAGGUUUAAAGAUAUUUACAGAUCCUCCAGUUGACAUCCUUGGCUUACUAGAGGAUGACAUUACUGGGUUUCCACUUUGGCAUGAUGUUUGUAUCAGUUGA